CGUCGGGCGCGCUCAGAAAAGAAUGGCAGCAUGCGCUCACCUCUGCUUGUCGUGCAGGGAGAGACGUCGGAUGGCAGGCUGCAGGUGCCGAAACACUUCGAAAGCCAUCAUGGAGGAAACUGGCUUCCCCGCCAGCGGUGGGGAAGCAUGCUUGUUGCGUGCGUUGAAAAGGAGCCGAUGCCGUCUACCCAGACCGACGUGUCGUUCUCGCAUCCCAUCAUGCAGGACCCUCCAUACUUCGCCCUUGAGCUUCCGCCAAAAUGAUACAAGGUGCUGACAGCCCCGUCGGCAACCGUCACUCGGCACUCCCGCCGUCUCCCUUGCGUGCCCGUGGCGCACCGCCCAGCCCAUCACCACGCCAAGCACAUGUCGACGACCCGGACCUGCCCUUCAUCGACGACGCGGCCGAGCCCAGUCGGGCACGGCCGGGGUUAAAGAGGAGCCUAGGAGUUCUGAAGGUGCUGGUCAUCUGUGGUGGUACGCUGGCCAUCUUCGCCCUCGUCGGGUUUUUGGCUUUCAUCUGGAAAAACGCCAAUGACGCCACCUUCGAGACCUCGCCCUCUCCCCCGACCACCCUUUGGAGGCGCCUGCUCAACUCAGGACGGCUCCUGCAGAUCAUCACCGUGUCAACGGUGAUGCUCCGCUUCCUGGCGGCCCUACAGGUCGGGGUUAUGACCCAGAUGCUGUCGUCCCUCGUCCUCGAGCGCGGCGGGUGCUCGCUCAAAGACCUCGCCCUGCUCUCCCUUAUGCGAGCCGAGACCUCUGGGCCUUUCGGAGAGAUAACGUUCGCCAUAUGGAGGCAGCGUGGACUGGCGAACAGGGUUUUAGGAGCCCUGCUCUUUCUCCUCCUGAUUGUUUCGGGGGUGACCCAGUUCAGCUCGACGCUACUCGUCACCGACAUCAGCACGGUCAAGGUCCUCGACGACUACAACAUAUCCAACAUCAGUGUUGCCUUGCAAACUUCUACAACGGAGUUUUACGGAACGCAAACGGGCAGCUACUGGGCGACCCGACCCCCAGCUUACCCCCGCUUCGCCGAAGAUCCGGGCUCGCCCGUCCAAGGGGAGGACUAUUACGACACAGGCACCACAAUUCGCGCAUUUCUUCCAGUGGACAGCUCCAGCCAGCGCACAGCGAUGCGCAGUUACGAGGGCGUCACGUCGGCGUUUGAUGCGCGUGUUGUCUGUGUCCGCCCGCAGUUAACGGUAACCAGUUUCAAUUAUACCAACAUGCUCCAUCUUGAAGGAACCAUCUCGUGGAACGACAAAUACGAAGGCGUGCAGCGCUAUGUUCCACGUGGUGGUGUUGCAGACGCACCAUCCUUCUCUUGCAAGGCGUCGAGCGGAUUUAUAGAGCCGAACGUUACCCGGUCCCCGGAAGCCUCGAGCCACGUCUUCAUGUGUGUCGUCGGCAACCGAGUGGGGUUUAUAGAUGGCAAAAUGCGCCCCGAUUUCAAUCAUGACGCUUUUGGUUUCAACGCCCUUGGUUCCGACACGCUUGGUUCCGACUCCCUUGGUUCCGACUCCCUUGGUUUCGACGCCGCCACUGAUUCCGAAACCUCUGCUGGACCUGCGUCAAACCUCUACGGGAAAGGAGGUGCGGAUGGAUACCUUCUCUUCAAUAUGCUAUCAAGUUUGCAGCUUUGGAUACCGUACAUGAAGGAGGACGGCUUCCGGAAGUACAGUAUGCAACCCAGCCACCCCCUGACCGAGUCCAACUCUUCGGGCAUGUGGCAGAGCCUCCGCCUCGACGGUUCGGAUCUCGGCAUCGACGCCACACUGUGCUUUAUCAAUUCCAUCGAUCAAUACUACCACAUCACCGCCGACAGCCCCCGCGACGGACAGGAGCCAGCGGCGGGACGGGACGCCAAAACGGGCGAGUACGUUAGCGAGGCGGCGCGCGACUUUCUCGGCGCCACGCUGCAACCCCGUACCCCUGAAGAACGUGGCCUGUUGCGCCUGCACCCACAAAGCAACUGGACGGCGGCAAGCGCUGAAACCCGGUCAACAUUCGGCCCCAAACAAUUGUAUGAAGCAUGGACCAUGGCCCGAUCCUCCGAGAAGCAAACCACUUCUCUGGAUCACGAGUACGUCACCACCACGGCUUCGGGGGAAUCGAUAUUCGUGCCGCACCGGGGCCACUCGAGGCUUUUCCAAAGCGUAAUGGCGCACACGGGCAACAACGCAGCGCUGGGGUUGCAGGCGCUCUUUACGGGGCUCAUGCAGAUGGCUUAUUACGACGUCUUGCCCGAGUGUGAGCUCAAGGUCGCCACCACCACGCUCUUCUCCAAGGCCGUCCUGAUCCCCAACAAAUGGGACGGUUUUUAUAUCUUUUGCGGCGUUUUCGCCGCCCACCUCGUUCUCAUGCUUGUAAUCACGGCCAUGUUCCUUGGCGAGACAAGGAUGAGCUUCUUGGGGAGCGCGUGGCCUGCCGUCGCGCAGGUUGUCGCGGGGAUUGCCGAGUUGGACGUUCGAGAGUUCAAGGACAAGACGGACGACGAGGUUAAGGAGGAUCUGCGCCGCAGGCCUGACGGCCCGCCCGUUUUCAUUCGCUCUUUGGCAGUCGAGCAGCACAAGGAGGGGGAGGAGGCGGAAGAGAGUGGAUACGAGGGUUCACGCAACUCCAGCGCCGGCUCUCUGCGUCGGGUGUCGCUGGAAAGACCACCCGCCGGUCUCCAUUCGCACGUCGACGGGCGAGCAGCGCAAGGGGGAGGUGAGGCGGAACGGAGUGUAUAUGGGGGUCCACACCGUGACAAUACCGACUCGCUGCGCCGGGUAUCGUUGGAGACAUCGCCCGCCCGUUCUUAUUCCCACGUCGGCAGGCGAGCAGCACGAGGGCAGGGAGGAGACGGAUCACAGUGGGUAUGAGGGUUUACAUAGUGACAACCCCGGCCACGGAGCCAGUCUGUACUUUUUUGGUAGAUUUUACACCGUUCUUUUUGUUUCUCUCAAGGCACUCGGCCAGCAGGAAGAUGUUUGCGAUGGUAGUUGAUGCAGUGGAUGGCAUUCCAUCUUAUACCUCCUGUCUAGGUACCAGGUACUAGUGGUUGGGGUAGUGGGGCCAUUUCUAACGGCACUUCAAGACAAGAGCACUGAUUGGGCACAUCGCCCCACCUUUGGUCUUCUAUCAAGGUGGUCUAUUGACUUCAUUAUCCCCUG